AUGUCCGAACUCGCAACCGACACCCUCACCGAACUGGUUCGCCAGAAGCUGGAUUGUUUGAAUCAGCUUUGGCGGCUCAGCGGUCAGCAGAACGAGUUGAUCGAGGGCGGAGAGAUGAGCCAACUGCUGAAAGUGCUGGCCGCCAAGCAGCGGCUGCUCAACAACUUGCAAGUCACCGAACAUCAACUCAACCCAUUUCGCGACGACGAUCCUGAACAGCGCGUCUGGCGUUCGCAAGAAGACCGCCAGCACUGCGCCGCGAUGAUCGGUGCCUGCGAAAAGUUGUUGGCCAAAAUCAUGGAACACGAACAACAGUGCGAAGGGCAAAUGCGAGUUCGCCGCGAUGCGGCCGCCGAACGCCUGCAAGGGGCACACGUCGCCAGCCAGGCCGACUUGGAAACCGUGCUCACGGCCUGGCACGAUGCCACUCGGCGGCUGGAACACACUCACGAGGCCCUCCGCGGCGAAGUGCAGCGACUCACCGACGAGUUGGAAAACAAGAACCGCGAGCUGGCUCGCAAGAACCGCCUGGCCGACUUGGGCCAGAUGGCCUCGCACAUCGCCCACGAACUGCGAAAUAACCUCGUGCCGGUCACGCUCUACCUCAGCCUGUUGCGUCGUCGGGCUUCGGCCGACCCCGACACGGUCUCGAUUGUGGACAAGAUCGCCGCCGCCUGUACUGCAUUGGACGUAACCGUGAACGACCUGCUGCACUUCACCGCCGACCGAGACCCCAACCGCGAACAAAUCCCAUUGGCCCAACUAAUCGAAGACGUGAUGAACUCGCUUCGCCCCCAGUUGGUCGCCCAGGCCAUCGUGGUCGACCUCGAUGUCGACGGCCACCUGAUCGUCAACGCCGACCGCGACAUGCUUCGCCGCUGCGUGUUGAACCUCGCCUUGAAUGCCAUCGACGCCAUGCCCGAUGGGGGCGACCUGGUCGUCACCGCGGUCGACUGCCACGGCGCCAUUGAGAUUGAAGUUGCCGACUCGGGGCAGGGGCUCGGCGAAGACGUGCGUGCUCGCAUCUUCGAGCCGUUCUUCACCACCAAGCACACCGGCACCGGGCUGGGGCUGGCCAUUGUCGAACGCAUCGCCGAAGUGCACGGCGGAGCGGUGAUGGCCAUGAACUGCCCCGAGGGUGGUGCCGCCUUCACCAUCUCGCUGCCGAAGCGCAUGGCCAUGCAAGCCGCCGCCUAA